CGUUAAAACAGAGACCCCGGAAGAGAGAGAGAGAGAGAGAGAGAGAGAGAGGCGAAGGGGAAGAAGAGCAAAGGAGCGAAGCAGCAGCUGCUAAUGGCGAUGGCGAGCAUCUCCUCCACCCUCUCCAUCCCCCGCUUCCCCCCACCGCGCUUUAUGGAGGGGGCGCGAGUGCACUUCAAGUGCCGCGCGGGGCCUUCUCCCGAGGUGGAUGUGGAGGAGCACAAGAAGGGCUCUCCUCUCAGGGGCAUUUCCACAUCCACUUGGUCGGCGGGUCUCGCAUCCUUGGGCUUCCUCGAGACCGGUUAUCUUACUUACCUGAAGCUCUCCAAUUCUGAGGCGUUUUGCCCCGUCGGCGACGGCGGCGGCGGCGGCAGUUGCGGCGAUGUCCUCAACAGCGUCUACUCCGCCGUCUUCGGUGUUCCGCUUCCAUUGAUUGGGAUGGUUGCGUACGGUUUAGUUGCAUUACUUUCUCUACAACAGAGUCGGAAGAAUUUGCUUCCUGGAAUUGAUGAAACUAAUAAUCGCUUGAUUUUGCUUGGGACGACAACUUCGAUGGCAACUGCAAGUGCUUAUUUCGUUUACCUUCUGACCACGGAGUUUGCUGGAACAUCUUGUUCAUACUGUCUCAUAUCGGCUUUUCUCUCUUUUAGUUUAUUUCUUCUCACCGUCAAGGAUAUUGGUUUGGAAGAAAUAAGAAAAAUGGUUGGUCUACAGUUAGCAAUUGCCGGUGUUAUUCUUGUUGCUCUAACAAGCUCAUAUUCAUCAGCUACUCCUCAGUUGUCAGGCUCAGGGGAAAUUACCUUGGAGCCAUACGAGACUGUUAUAACCAAAGAAUCAACUCCUUUCGCUAUCUCCCUUGCAAAGCACCUGAAGACCAUAGGCGCUAAGAUGUAUGGAGCAUUCUGGUGUUCUCACUGUAAUGAACAGAAGGAGAUGUUUGGGCGUGAAGCUGUGAAGAUGUUGGAUUAUGUUGAGUGUUUCCCUGAUGGAGUUGGUAAAGGAAGAAAAAUGGCCUUGGAAUGUGCAGCUGUUGGGAUUGAAGGCUUCCCAACAUGGAUCAUCAAAGAUAAGGUUUUUAGCGGUGAACAGGACCUAUCAGCUCUAGCAGAAGCAUCUGGCUUUGCUGCUGAGAGUAGCAAUCCUUCCUAAGCCCAAAACACUCUGGACAAGGACCAUCGAAUCAAAACGGAAGCUCUCUUUUCGAGGAGGAUGCUUUCCACUUCACAAAAUUCGAGUAAUUUUAUAUCGCAAAUCAUCUCGCUGGAGAAUUAAUGUGCCCAACCUUGCGGAGAAGGAUUAUGUAUAUAUUUUUUAAUUAGAUAAUUGUUAUAAUAUAGUUGAAAGUCUUAGGUAAGUUAGAUAUUGAACUGUGAGGUUCUUUCAAGGUUGUAAAGAAAUUUUUGCUGUUUACUAAUAUAUAUAUUAUACUGCAUCUUUUUUAAAAA